AUGUUUUCUAUAGCAAUCGACAACGUUACUUAUAUUCGUAUUAGAGUAGGGUUUCGUGGCAGUGUAGCCGAGUGGUUAGCGUGUCAAGCUAGCGUCCUGCACUGUCGCGGUUCGAAUCCCGCUGAGGGUGUUGAUAAGACCAAUGCGAGGUCGAAACUGCAGGUACCUACCGUACUGCACUUUCGCGGUUCGAAUCCCGCUGAGGGUGUUGAUAAGACCAAUGCGAGGUCGAAACUGCAGUCCACCUCAGCAGGAUGA